AUGGAUUUCAUUCUCUCCUUGACGCACUUCUGUGAAGUGCAUGGUCCAACCUCUAUCAUCUGCUCGCAGGUUCUACCUUUCUCAUGCCCGCAAUGCCAUUCCGAAUCCGAUCACUCUCCACAGGGUACCCCUGCUUCCCACGAAUCUCGCUUUGAUCAUGAGCGAUCUCAGAAAUCCACCGAGUCGAAUCCGCCCCGAAUCGAAGAUCAUCCAUUCUUCCUCAAAGGACACUCGGCCUCACCCGAAGACAAGUCCAAUCGAAAUGGUGCAAAUGGCGACACAUGCGCCAGCUGCACCUUGUCUUUGCCGGAAAAUGUGAGCAAACAGUUGCCACAGGGUGCGCCUGGGAGCCGCGAUGCGAAAGGGAAUUCCACCAGCCCCGUACUCCGCUCGCGUGAGCUCGUCUACACCUGCCGCAAUAACCAGGCGGAAUUUGAUGACGAAGCCGAUUAUCACACUCAUGCCUCUCCUCCCGACUCGCUCCGCUCUGCGUCAGUCGCCUCGGACUCUUCUUGUCACACACACGUUCACACCUAUCUCUCCCAGCGUGGGCCGCCAAACCCCGCUGACUAUGCGCUUCUCCGACGCUCAUCUAUUCGCACCUUGAGCUGCGAGCUGUUGCCCCGGGGACUUUCCUCCGGUCCCAUUUGCUUCGGCGAUGGAGUCGCUGGCUACACCGUUGCUUACAUUUUCCGUCUCCCCGAUCCCAUGGCCCGCGGCAAGCGACGCAGUUAUGCAUUGGUCGCAUUGGCCGGUCGAGACGCCGGAAGAGCCUUCCGUGCAUGCCCCAUCAUCUGGCGCGCAUUCGGUCGCAUCGCAAGCGGCAUUAUUACCGCCGCGGAACGAUUCCAGGAGGAUGAAAAGACUCGUGACGAGCAGAACAACCCGGGAACACAGCCUGGCCCCCAGCACCGUCCUGUUUCAUCCUUCCUCACCGGCCGCGGUAUGGACCCGGCAGGCAGGCGCGCAGCCGGCCAAAUUCGCGCCCGUAACUUGGCCGAAAUCGUUGGCAACGAGUACAUCUUCACCGAAAUACAUGCUCAUUUUGUCGCACUCCUGCAGCAGCUGGGCUCAAUGUUUGGUGGUAUCCCUCUCAACGAGGAACCCUACGUCUGCAGCACCGUCGGUGACGAAGAGACCGCCGCUCCCUCUCAGCCAGUUAUGGUCUCCAAGGCACGACAGCCACAGGAAGAUCAGAAGUACGACGGCAACGACAUUGACAUGUCGAACCUUGAAAUCUCUACGGGACCCAAGGCGAUUCCUAUUGCGCCUCGCCGGCCCGUCAUGGCAUGA